AUGAUCAGCGCCCCUGAUGUGGUGGCUUUUACCAAAGAGGAAGAGUCUGAAGAGGAGGCCUACAAUGAACCAGCCCUGCCUGAGGAAUACUCUGUGCCGCUUUUCCCCUUUGCGAACCACGGUGCCAACCCCUGGUCCAAGUUUUCAGGCUCCAAGUUCACCAAGGACUUCAUUCUCAUCUCUGAGUUCUCAGAGCAAGUGGGCCCUCAGCCUUUGUUGACCAUCCCGGAUGAUGCCAAAGUGUCUGGCACUUUUGAUCUCAACUAUUUUUCCCUCCGGAUCAUGUCUGUGGAUUAUCAGGCUUCCUUUGUGGGGCACCCACCUGGAUGCGCCUACCCAAAGCUAAAUUUUGUGGAGGAUUCCAAAGUGGUGUUGGGAGAUUCCAAGGAAGGGGCUUUUGCUUAUGUGCACCAUCUGACUCUCUAUGACCUAGAAGCUAGAGGCUUUGUGAGGCCUUUCUGCAUGGCGUACAUUUCCACUGAUGAGCACAAAAUCAUGCAGCAAUUUCAGGAGCUCUCUACAGAGUUCUCCAAAGCAUCAGAAUGCUUAAAGACUGGUAAUAGGAAAGCUUUUGCUAAUGAACUUGAAAAGAAACUGAAAGACCUUGAUUACACCAGGACAGUUCUGCACAAUGAAACAGAGAUACAGAAGAAAGCCAAUGACAAAGGAUUUUACACAACCCAGGCCAUUGAAAAAGCCAAUGAACUGGCUAGUGUUGAAAAGUCCAUUAUUGAGCAUCAAGAUCUUUUAAAGCAAAUCAGGUCGUAUCCUUAUCGAAAACUGAAAGAUUCUGAUUUCCACCCAUAUGAGCCAGAGUGUGUAGUGGAUCAAGCGAAUACAAUUUUUGAUCAAGACUCUACUACCUCUAACCCUGCUGAGCCCAGUGAAAUGCAUCAUCAUGCACGGAUGCCAUCUUACACCCCUAAGCUCAUCAAAGCCAAAUCCGCCAAAUGUUUUGACAAGAAGCUGAAAACCUUGGAGGAACUCUGUGAUAUUUAUUUUUUCACCCAAACUCUUGAUCAGCUAAAUCAAAUAGAAAAAAUGUUUAGAGGUGAUGUUUGCUACCUUUUGACAAAUCAGAUCAGUAAAGCACUUUUAAAGCAGCAAACUAUAACUAACUUCCUUUUUGAAGAUGUGUGUGUGUUAGAUGAAAAACCCGAAAAACAGUAUGGGGGUUGCCAGUUAUCUAAUCAAGACACUGUUAACACCAAGUGUUUGGAACAAUUCUUGAUUCCUAAAGUGUUAAUCAGCAUGGGGUCUUACAAGUCCAGUGUGGAGUCUGUACCUAUCAAGAUGGAGCAGGAAAUUGAAGAUUCCCAAGAACCAGAAGUGACAGAACCUAUUGCUUUUGACCAGGAGAAUUUGGAAUAUCUUGAUGCAGACAUUAAAGGGAGUAUUAGUAGUGGUGAAAGCAUUGAGGUUUUGGGAACAGAAAAGUCUGCUGCUGUUCUUACAAAUUCAGAGAGCCAGGCAAGCUUGCCUAUUCAGCCAAGUCCACAAAUGAUCAGGAGCAAGGCAGCUGGCAGAAGAACCAUCAGCGAGGACAGCAUUGAAGUCCUAAGCUUGUGUCCUUCAGAAUCUUUGAUCCCUGAAGAUUUUAAAGCAAGCUACCCAAGUGCCAUUAAUGAAGAAUCGUAUGCAGAUGAUGAAGGUAGAGGUCCUUACCUCAGCCCACGUUUAAAUCCAGCUAACGUUAAAGAGAUGGAAGGCAAUUCUGAAGAGGAGAAAUUAUUGCCAGUUGAUUCUGCCUGUUGUAUUGGCAAAGAGAAUCCAAACUUUGUAGAGUCACUACCUGACCUUCCACAAAAACAUUGUGAUGAUGAUGAUGGUGUGGUCAGUAUUCCACCUCAGCCAUACAGGCAGGUGGAUCAGGGAUUCCAUGUGAACUUCUCAGACUGUUCUUCACAUGAUGUCUCAGGAGGACUCCUUUCAUAUGAGCUUGAUCCACAUUACUUAAGCAGUAGAGAGGCCAGUAAAAUUAGCUUGGAUGAAUAUUCAGACUCCACAAGCUACAUGAGUAGUGCAGCAUCCACGUGUUCGGAUAGAACUUCUUCUCCUGCUCAUCCUCUCAGUCACUUCAGUGAAAGGCACAGAAAAAAGGCUGGCCAGAAUGCCUUAAAGUUCAUUAGGCAGUAUCCCUUUGCUCAUCCUGCAAUAUAUUCGCUGCUCAGUGGAAGGACACUAAUAGUGCUGGGGGAAGAUGAAGCAAUGGUAAAGAAACUUGUGACUGCUCUCUCCAUCUUUGUUCCUAAUUGUGGGUUAUUUGCCAUGCCUGUGAACCAUUGGAUCACUUCCCCUUUGAAUAUCAUGGAUUUUCAGAAGUGGAAGCUGAUUGGACUGCAGAGAAUGGUUUCCCCUGCUGGUGUCAAUAUGUUGCAUUCUUUGAGUCGAUACAGCCGAUACAUCAGCAUUCUGGAUGUGGACAGUAAGACACUACGCUGUCCCCUUUAUAAAGGAACCUUGGUGCCCAGGCUCGCUGAUCACCGCACUCAGAUCAAACGAGGAAGCACCUACUAUAUGCACGUCCAAAAUAUUCUGACUCAGCUGUGUUCUAAGGCCUUCUUGUACGCCUUUUGCCAUCACUUGCACCUUCCCAUCAACGAGACAGAAACAGAGGACUCGGUUGUGUCUCGCAGGAGGAACUUUCUGAAAUUUCAUCUAGGACUUGUGAAUGAAGAUGUGAAAGUGGUACAGUACCUAGCAGAGCUGCUGAAAUUGCAGUACAUUCAGGAACCCAUCAGAGGCAGUAACCCUGUCCUCAGAUUUGACUAUGUUCCCAGCUUCUUGUACAAAAUUUAAUAUCCUCUGGGCUGCCCUUCUGUGGAUUCUCAUUUUGAUGCAGAUCAUCUGUGCUUGACUUUGCUGUUUACAAAUAUCAGAUAUAUUGGGAAUGAUGCAAAACAUUCAACAUAUUUGCAAGCACGAGUCAACUGGCUAGAAAACAUGGUGUUGAAGGAACCUAAUUUCUAUGUGGUUCCCCACAGCUGAGAACUGCAUGUGUUGUACCCCACUAAAAAAGCUCGAGAUCUUAAAAAGAUUGGCCACCCCAUCUUUAGAUGUUAAAGGGACACUGUCAACUUUUAAAAACCAUGCCAAGAACAUCAUCACCAUGUUCAUGGCAGUGAGGGCAGGAGAAAUCAGCUAUCAUUAUGGGGUGACCUCUGAUGAGUAAUGUCCGAUCCCCUCAGUACAUGGUAACAUGUACAUUUAGUUAAAACUUUGCAUUUGCCUGGUGGCAUCAGCAUUACUAGUGCAUAGGCAGGAGUUAAAUGUGAAGUAUGGGCCCUAUGGGUUUUGACUAUUUUACACCCAUGACAAAAUACAUUUGCCCAAGUUUGGGGGUGGGGAGGCGAUAUUGGCUUAUUAAAGCUGUCAAGCAUGGUGGAGGCUAAACAUUACCUGCCCCCAGUAAAUAGUUCACAGUGUCCCUUUGUGUUGUCUGUGCUCAUUCAUGGUUCAUGGAAUUGAUUGUUGCUGAGCCUCUAAGCUAAAGAUCGAAGCAUGUAUGUGUCUGUUGUCAUCUCAGCUUUGCAGGAAGAAGAAAAGGUUUAAGAGCGUCCUGACUCUGAGGCUCCUCCUUCAGUGUGAAUGUAGAGCACUGUGCCUUAUUAAUUUGCAGCAUACUCAUUGAUGACCUGGGGAUGGGGAAGCGACUUACAAGUCUUUAAAUCUUGCGAAGGCUUUGCCGCACUGCUGUGGUGUAACCUUGAAGAGGAUAUGCUAAGUGAAUAGCAAAAAGGGCACCUCUUGGUUACUCUGAGUUUAGAGAAUAAAUAAUGCAACUCAGCUGAAACUGCUUGCAGAGGGAGAGAUGGGGACAAGGCACCUCUUAAGGCAGGCACUCAGGAGAGAUCUGGAAUGAAUGUACUGAAUUAAACAUUUUAUCCUUGUAAUUUUGGGUCGGGAGCUAGAUGUGCAUUGGAUAGGAAAAUGAGCGUAGGCUCAGCGGCACCAAGCACUGCUUCUAGCUCUGUCUCGCCAUGCCAUUUUAUUUAUUUAUUUUUAAUACCACGCCUUUGCAACUUCUCUACUACCUCUCCCACAGCGUCCAGUGGGUAGUUCUGGAUGCUGCAGUACUGCACUUCACUGAGCCCAUUGGUUGAAUAUUGAGAACUUUUCAAAGCUCCUCCCACAUUGCAAACUGUGUCAGAACCUUCAUAUUGCCAGUAGAAGAUGUGCGUUUUCUUCUGGUCAGUGUGGAAGGAUUCAUGCUCUGCUUUUGUCGUGCAUCUUUUCCUUGCCCGAGAAUCUCCGAGGAGAUUACAUAUCAUUCGUGGCCACCCCUUGGCUGGAGAUUUCUACAGCACAUCCAAGGCCAGUCCCAAAGUUGUUUUACAUGAGAAAAGUUCUGGUGGAAACAAUUAUCUGGGUUUUCUUUCUUUUUAACACUGCUCUUGUCUGAUUCGGGGUGGAAGCCAUUACUAGAAUAACUGAACUGUAUAUAUUUUUAAACCUCUGUCUAAUGUGAUUGAGACAUGCAGAAACUGAAUGUAAAUUUCUAACGUACCAGAGGAAGCUGCAAUGCAGAGUGCUGGAUUGGUUGGUGUAUUUUAAAUACCAUUGAAACUUGAGGCGAUAGCUGCACUAUUAUGUAACAUGCACCCCAAACAAAGAGAGGCUCUCUGGAGAAACACUGCACUGUAUGGUCCUAGUGUCCAUACUGCUGUAAUUCAUCCUCCUCACAGAGAGAAAUGUCUGAGACAGUACUGCAGCAGGCUAGGGGGAAUCAAUGAGGAGGUAAGACCGUUUUAAAUGUUAGCAUCACUACUGAUGGCUUACAGUCAGACCAGGUCAAACAGGAAAUGAGGAGGUACUACAGUCAGACCAGGUCAAACAGGAAAUGAGGAGGUACUACAGGCUCACUACAGUCGGAGGUUGCUUGUAAUUUGUAGCAUGCCGUUGGGAGCCAGUGUAAAAUAGCCUUUUGCUGAAGGGCUGAGCAGUGUGUGCAUGUGUCAUGUCAACUUUACAUGUGUCUGUGCACAGUGCUGCAGAAUUGUUUUCACAUUUAAAAAGCAUGUGUGAAGAACUUUUCCUUUUCAGAUUCUAAAUGUGACCGCCUGUGUGCAGCUGCUGCAUGUGAACUGGGUCUGCUAGUAAAAGCUAUUUUUGUGCUUAUGUAAAAACAAUAUAAUGUACUAGGUGACCAAAGUCACUGCUUGUUAAUUUAAGGACAUGUCUUAAUAACCUUAAGCCUAAACAAGAUUCCAAUUAGAAAAAGAACAGCUGGGAUCUUAUUAGUAAGUGUACAAUAUAGAUAUGAUUCAGUCUUAACCUCUCUGUCAAUUAAUGGACUGAAAAUAUAUUAAUCUCAAGACCUCAUCUUUGUACUGUAAAAUAAUCUGAUGCUAGUUGGGAGUGAGGAGGGUUAAAAACAUACCCAAGUUCUUGGAGACCUUGAUCUCUCCCUAUCUGACAGAACAAUGAAGCAGGACUGGUGAAUGUUGCAGGAUACAGUAUUAUGGGACUUUCUAAUUACAGCAGCAUUAUUUGGGUUUUGUUUAAUCAGACUCCUAAGUUGGUAAAUGAAGAUUCUAAUUUUUCUCUGUGCAAAACUGCAUUGGUAUCUAGUAUUCUGCAAGGUGGGAUUAACCGCCAGCAGUUGUGCUUCUACCAAUCUCUCUCCCCUGAUUUACCUGCCCAAUGCAGCUGUCAAUUUCAGAAUCUUCCCCUGCUUUGUGGGUGUACCCAGACCAUCUGACCUGUUCCUUUUGCUCCUGAUUGAGGAAUUCCCCCAUGCUACAUGCAACUUUUAUUUGCUUUAAUGUUGAGCAAGCAGCACAGGUAAACAAAGUACAGGAAACAGAGGCUUAGCUUGCCUUGUAGCAUGGAGACUGUUCCAUGUAGCUAGGCACAGCUGGAAUAGGUCUUGAACUUGAAUUGCUAGAUCUUUAUUGCUUGUAAUUCCUUUUUCCCGUUAUCCACAGUGAGAGGGGAAAAACCUACACAAGGCUGAACUGGCAGAUAGUGUUUGGAAAGUUGAUGCAACUCUUAAAAGGUGCCUCACUUGAUUGAAAGCUUUCAGAGUUGAUUGUCUUACCAUAUUAUAAGGAUCCCUGUUUAGGCACUUUAAGACUUUACCUGGUCCUUAACCAUAUUGCCUCAAUACCUUCUGCUAUUAGGAACUAUUAAUUAAUUGGGAGCUUAAUACUAAUGGUUCCUACUGCUGAUAUUGACACGUAUGUUAAUAACUGGUUUAAACUGGAAUUGUUACUGCAAAGCCCAAGGGAAAACACUGGUACAUGUCAAGUUUCAGCUGCAUUUUUUAAACCUUAAGUGGCACUAGAUCCUGUAGGGCUAAUAUUUGCUGCUGCUCAUUACCAAAUGAAGUCUCUCUAUCGGAAAGGCCGAAGACCCAGUGUUGUAUUGUGCUUCUGUAAAUGCCACCAGCAUGCACCCCAUGACGCACUGCAUGGCUGGCUGUAGUUCACAUUUCCUCUUUGUGUUGUCUGUGUCAGGGAGAUGUGGUUUGUAAGCCCCACAUGAGAAUUCAUCAGAGCAAAGGUCUCCUGUGGCCUUCUGCUGACUGUCCUCUAGCUCCCUGUGUUUGACGCUGUUUUGUUGGCUUGCUCUCUUAAGCUAGCCUCGUGCUUUUUCAGAACCAACAAUUAGGAUGGUCAGCCAUAUGGAGGGAGGUGAAGUGAAGCCUCUACCAGUUCCAUUUCUCAGAGGAUAGUGCUCAGAUUUACCUUAAGCCAGUAGUGAUCAUUUCUGAGCAGCUCAAAAGCUGUUUUGCCUUUAAACUAUAAUAGGGAAGUACUGCCUGUGCUCUAGCAAUACAGGACAUGUUUUAAGGGUUGGGGUUUGGAAGCCUGUAGGGCUAAGGGUUCUGCAGUGCAUAAUAUUCUUGGUUUUUAUUAGGCAGCAGAAUCAAGGUGGUCCGAAAGCCUGACGGUACAAGCUACUGAGUGCCCGACUCACUUUCAGACUCCAUGUCUGGGAGGUUUGGGCCCAAACGUAUCGGUGGGGCUGCUUUGGGGUUAAAACACUUACAAAAAACCAACCAUCCGAAUGAACAUCUAGAACCAGCAUUACAACAGGAAGCUCAGUGAGCAGGAGAAGAGGUUGGUCCUAAAAUACAGAGCUCUUGUUA